GUAGACAGAAAUGUUAAACUAAAUGACGAGUGUAGAGCCUCAUCUAUUGACGCAAUUAAAGAUUUUCGAAAGAAAAUUGAUUUAAGGCUUAACCAGUUACAGUUCGAAGCAGAACAAUCCACAGAGAGGAAACACAAAGAAAAUAUGAACAGUCUGGUUGAACUUGCAAAAAUUUGCAAAGACGUUUCUCUUCGAAUUCAAAUGCGUGGAGAAAAAAUCGAGGAGUUAUCGAAGAAAAAACAAGAACGGCAUUUGUUUGUAUAUUCUAAAAAACUGGCCAUUGAAAUUGAUGAAAUAAGAACAGCUAUUAAGCAGUCAAACUUCAAAAACCAUAUUACAAAAUUCACAUUUAAAGAACACCCAACAUUGGAAAAUAUUCUUCAGAAAACAAUUCUUGAAAUUGGAACACUUCAAGAGGCUUGUGAUGGAAGCGAAGAAUUCGUUGACGAUACACAUGCUUCAUUAACGGGGACUCCUGAACAUGCAGAUGAAAGCUGUGCGCGGAAAAUAACACAACCGAAGAAUUUUGCGUCCGGUAAUCAACCUCCUGGAAAGAUGACGGUUGAAGCGAUAAAUUUUUUGGUAUUUCGUAUUAAGUACGAGUUUUUAAAUGGACAACAAUCGGAUGGCAAAAUGUAUAAGGCUUUAACUGAGCACGUGUAUCUCCCUUACUCGAACAAUGGAAUAAACAUUUGCAGAAUGCUUAAACUAGCCUUUCAAAGGAAAUUGCUGUUUACCAUUAACAGUGAUGGCGCCAUUGUUUAUAACGGCAUAGAUCCUCGGAGCUCACCCUACGUAAUGACAGAAAUCGAUUGUACCAGAGUAACCACACAGUUGAAAGAUAAGGGCAUCACGAUGGCUGACAUUGACACCAACGAUGGCUUCGAGGGAACAGUGACUGUGGACUAAUUAGAUAAAACAACGUGUUAACUGUUUGUUGAAAAAGCCUGAACAAUAUUUCAAAAAGCAACCACGAAAAAACUUUUAUCAGAUAAAAGAACAAUUAAAAAAUGGGUAAAUAUUGAACUAAACAAUUCUAGGGAACAUACAAAGUAAUCAUUUAAAAGAGGGUGGGAAACCUUCGCUGAAAUUGACUUGUAAUGACUGAUUAUAGAGAAGUAUGAGAUGAGACUAGGCAUGAAUGCUUGUCGUGGCUUUGGAUGAGUUUUUGUCGAGUGUAUCGGAUUGAGCGCGUGCUUUAGUACGUCGAAGAUUGUCCGUAAUUCAAGUUCGCCAUUAACCAUGCGAUUUUUAAACAACUUACUUCAAGUGUUAUCAUGAGAUGUUUUAUCGCGUGUAAAACUCUACCUCAAUAAUUAUGGUCACUCUUACAGGUCGAAGGUUAAAUUUGUACCAAAGUCAAUGACAAAUUGGCAUGUGCUGUGUGUGGCGCGUAUCAUUUAUUAACCUUCCUUCAAAGUCAAGGUCACUCUGAGAGUUUACAUGUUGAAUUCGGGCAUAGUAUAGCUUUUCCAGACUGAAAAUUCGUCAUUCAAUAUAGAAGCUCACAUCACCAUGUAGUGUUCAGGGGAUCUGUUGGGAUAUGAAUAUGUGUGACAAAGGUCUAAAGUCGUGCCUAUUUUAAGAAUCGUCUACAGAAUCGUCUUUUAAGCUUGAAAGUUUGAGCGCCAUCGAUAGAGAA